AUGAGACUCAUCUCUCUAUUCGGGCUCCCCUUCGUGGCUGCUCUCGCUAGCGCAGCAGUGCCCUUCAAGGACUGCCAGCACAAGGUGAAAGAGAGCAUUCAUGGUCCGCCCCGCGGAUGGUCCAGGCAUACUCCCGCGCCCAAGCAUCAUAUGCUCGAGCUUAAGAUCGCUUUGCCUCAGCCCAAGUUCCCGGAGCUCGAGCAGCACCUCUGGGAGGUGAGCGACCCCAGCCACCCACGCUAUGGGGCGCACUUGUCAAAGGAAGAGACUGAUGCUCUCACGGCCCCCCAUUCCGAGACUUUGGACAUUGUCAACGAAUGGCUUGCUUCAUACGGCCUGGCGGAAGAAAGUCUCAUUCGUUCAUCUGCGAACGAUUGGGUGACCAUUCGGGUUCCAGUCGGCCUUGCCGAAGAGAUGCUAGAUACCACUUAUCAUGUUUACAAGCACUCUAAGACGGGAGAGAGCAUUGUCCGGACCACAAGCUACAGUCUCCCGGAGAUCUUGCAUGACCAUAUCGAUCUUAUACAACCUACGACCAUGUUCGCUCGUUUCAAGGCGUUCAGGAGCACGCUGCUCUGGGGUAACCAGGUGCAGCCUUCGGUCCUGAGCGAGUCUGGUAGAACGAUCACAGGGCCUGCAGGCAAUCAGGUUGAUGCAAGUUGCAACAGCACGAUCACGGUUUCAUGCUUGAAGCAGUUGUAUAAUGCGGUAGCUUACAACACGUCUGCUACGAACGGCAACGAGCUGGGUCUCACUGGUUAUCUGGGCCAGUAUGCCAAUAACAUGGACCUCCAACAAUUCUUCCAGCUUGAAAACCCGUCUGCUUACGGUUCAAACUACACUUUCGUUUCCGUUAACGGUGGAUUAAAUAAUCAGACCUAUGCGGCAGCAGGCGUUGAAGCUAAUCUUGACACUCAGUUUGGCUUUGGACUCACAUGGCCCACUCCUAGAACGUUCUACUCGACUGCUGGCGAGCCCCCUUUCGACCCUGAUAUGUUCUCGCCGACCGAUACAAAUGAGCCAUACUCAUACUGGCUCGAUUAUGUUCUUUCGCAACCUAUGCUUCCUCAGACGAUCUCUACCAGUUAUGGUGACGAUGAGCAAACUGUCCCAUUCACCUAUGCAUCCCGUGUCUGUGCUGGCAUGGCAGUUCUCGGUGCUCGUGGUGUUUCUGUUUUGUUCUCCUCUGGUGAUUAUGGUGUUGGUGAUGGUGAUCCCGACCCUGCCACACAGGAAUGCUACUCCAAUGACGGGCUCAAUGUCACGAAAUUCCUGCCUACUUUUCCCGCUGCCUGUCCAUACGUGACGGCUGUGGGCGCCACUGUCAAUAUCCCAGAGACUGCUAUAUACUUCUCUGGCGGUGGUUUUAGUGACUAUUUCGUUCGUCCAGCAUACCAAGAAGUUGCCGUCUCAGAGUACCUAGCAAAACUCGCACCUGGUACCUAUGAGGGUCUCUACACUUCUUACGGGCGUGGGUUUCCCGAUGUGUCAGCCCAGGGGAUGAACUUCUCUAUUGUCUACCAGGGCGAGACGGCACUCGUUGGCGGCACAUCCUGUUCUUCACCCACAUUCGCCUCAUUCGUUUCCAUGCUGAAUGACGCACGCAUUAAUGUCGGCAAAACCCCUCUCGGCUUCCUCAACCCUUUCUUGUACUCCACUGGGUACGCUGGGCUGAAUGAUAUCACCGUGGGCAACAACCCAGGAUGUGGAACUCAGGCUUCAACGUAUGCCACGACUGGAUGGGAUCCUAUUUCAGGCCUUGGGACACCCAAUUUCGAAAAGUUGGAGGCACUGGUCUUGAGCAUGGACUAG